CACCCCCACCGUCUCCAGAUCCUACGCGCUAAAGCAUAGUAGAUCGCUUUGUAUCAAAGAUUGGCCCUUCGGUGACCUUUCUAACCAACUGCAGACGGGCACUCUCUCCCCGAAGCCCGAGUAUGUAGGAGUCACUGUACCAACGACCGUUCACAAUAAAAUCGCUUUCUUUCAUAAAAUAGCCGUCUAUUUCUUGUUUCAAACGCGUGAGGGUGACAUUCAAAAAUCUGUCCUAGGAAUUGUGCAAGCAUUUGAAAUUCACACGACAUGCGCGAAGAAUAGAAUUAUAUCGUCGGUUUUUCACUUUUUUUCUCCUGAACCAGAUGGCCGAUUGAUCUCGAACUUUCACAGUUGAUAUACAGUGUGGACAUAAGCUAGGAAUGGAAGACGGGAGUAUUCCUGAUGAUAGGAUCACAGCAUCUAGUCAGUACAGUUCAUAUUAUCAGCCGAGUAAUGCACGACUGAACCUGGACCGUGGUUGGUACCCAGCUAGUGGACAGUACGUUGGUUCAUGGCUUCAAGUAUAUAUGGGUUUAGACCCCAUGCAUAUUGAGGGCGUCGUCACACAGGGCCAUCCAGACUAUGAUGACUGGGUGACACACUACCAGGUACAAUACAGCAUUGAUGGCGCUGCAUGGCUGUAUGUUAAUGGGGACUCUACUCCACAGACAUUCAUUGGCAACACUGAUGGGAACACCCCAGUUACCAAUAUAUUCCAGCAGCCUAUUCAAGCACGGUACAUCCGCAUCAGACCUACAGCCUGGAGCUACCGCCCAGCCCUACGUAUUGAACUCAUUGGAUGCAGAGCUCAUGAAGUUUGUCAGCAGAAGCUUGGAAUGGGAGAUGGUACCAUCCCUGAUGGAAGCAUAACGACAUCGUCUACUGAUGACCAGGAAUGCAGCAGGAACACUUACGGACGGCUAGAUGGGUCUGGUGGCUGGUGUCCCACAUUGGAUGACAAAGACAAUGCAUGGUUCCAAGUGGAUAUGAAGCACCCGGUAUUGAUUCAAGGUGUUGUUACACAGGGUAACAGAGACAAAGCAUACUGGGUCACAGAGUUCAUCGUAUCUUACGGUGACAAUGAGCAAGACAUGCGCUUCAUAGGAGGGACUGAUAAGGACAGUGCACAGAGAUUCACUGGAAAUACACAGCAUUUUUUCAGAGUAACCAACAUGUUCAAUGAGGAAAUCAGAGUGCGCUACAUCCGCAUCACACCAACUGGGUAUCAAGGAGAACGUCCAGGGCUGCGUAUUGAACUCCUUGGAUGUAAUGAACGCUUCUUUUGUUUGGAUCAUCUCGGAAUGGGAGAUGGCAGCAUUCCAGACUUCAGAAUCACAGCAUCAAGUGCACAGCAGAGGGAAGAUGGUAACUGUCAACCAAGCAAUGCACGACUCACUCAAUCAGCAAACAGUAAUACUAUCGGCUGGUGCCCUGAUCCUAUUGACAUCAACCCGUGGCUACAGAUUGAUCUAGGAUUUAAAGUGAUAGUGGAGGGAAUGAUGAUGCUGCAGGGACCUGAUCAGGGAACCAGUGUAGAUAGUGAGUACCAGCUAGAGUACAGUGAUGACCAGAGCACGUGGCAUACAAAGAAUUCAACACAGAUUAUGCGAAGAAACACCGCAGCAGACUCGGUAGCUACCAGCAUGUUCAAUCCACCAAUCAUUACUCGUUAUAUCCGCAUCAUACUAAAUCAGACUGAUGACUCUCAAUGGAUACGUGUUGAACUAUUGGGAUGUAAAGUACGCUGGGUAUGUAGACAACGCCUUCUUAAUGAAGCCCAUACCAUUCCGGACGGAUCUUCAAUUCUUCAAAUUGACCUAGUGUUAGUAACUCUAGUUGAGGGAGUCAUAGCUCAAGGGAAAAAUGAACCGUCAUUUCAAGUAGAAUACAGCCUUGACAACGUUACCUGGGUCAACGUAAACCACAAGGGAGCACCUGAAGGAGAACCUCAGACAUUCCAUGGUUACACGAAUCAAUUCGCACCGGUAAAGAACACUUUUGAUCAGGCGAUCCGAGCCCGAUUCAUCCGUGUAACUCAAACAGACGUCGGAUAUCCAGCUGUGAGCAUUGAACUCAUUGGAUGCAGAAAUGAUAUUCUUGAGACUGCCAACGGUCAAGCCUUCAUCGUUCACCAUCACACAGAUAAUAACCAAGACGAAACAAACUGCCCAAGUCUGAACAGUGAAGGAGGAUGGUGGUUUAAUAGAUGCUCUGGUAUACCUGGUGUAGAUAAUAACCUUAAUGCUGAAUAUAUCCAACCUAGUGAUACGAUGGGUCCAUACAAACGAGUCAUUAGAGCUAGUGAAUGGAAUGGGUCUCGUAUUGCAAAGACUGAAAUCAAAAUACGCCACCAAUCUCCACCUCGUGGCUAAACAAAGUUUCAGAAUGAAAGUUGCUAUGUCCCCUGACAAUCAAAUGAUAAGCCAACGCAGACUCGUAUAUUGGUACAAUUAUCCACCAAAUUGGUUAUCUAUUUAGCUCAGACUUAAACAGGUAAACAAUACCGUGGUAUAUGGACUGUUCAAUCACAAAAUAGAAGCUAAGCCAACAACUAACAAAAAAAUGUUUAGCCUUUAAAGACACUGGACACUAUUGGUAAUUGUCAAAGACCAUGCACUUAUCUCGCUCGGUAUAAUAUCAACAUAUUCAUAAAAUAACAAAC